AUGGCGUACCGGAGCGCCUCCCCGACGCUGGAAAACGAAGCGGACCACGAUCCGUCGUCGUUUAAGGACCGCUUCGUCCAGCGAGCCCAGACGAUGCCGGAGCCAGUGCCCCUCUCGGACGACUCCUCCACGAAUAGAAAUAUGCGGCGCUCGGCCUCGGAGGAGUUCGCGAUCGACUCGAUCUGGCCGAGCUCGCCGGCCCACGACCGCGCCGUCGACACGGUCUGGCCCGAGCACGGGACUAAGACGGCAUCCAUGCUUUGUCACGAAUCCGAAAGUCCUUCGCCGCCGUCCAAGGCGCCGGCAAACAUCGUCCACGUGCUGCUGAGCAAGCCGCUGGGCGUCGAUUUGAAGGUAAGGGGCGACAUUCGCCAGCUCCCGAAGCUCGCCGAACUGAACCUCGAGGGCGAGGCCAACAAGCUGCGACAGGCGCUGCGCGAGGCCGCCUACGCGAACGACGUCGACGUCGAGCUCAAGGUCGGCAUCGCCACCGUGAAGGCGCUGCAAUCGGCCAUGACGCUGGGGGCGCGCGUCGUGCACAUCGCGGGCCACGGCCACGAGAAAUUCAUGAUGUUCGAGGACGGCCACGGCGGCGCGCGGGCCCUGGAGCCGCAGGCGCUGCAGCGCCUGGUGUCGGCGGGCGCCGGCCGGCGUCACACGUGCCGACUGGUGGUGUUGAACUCGUGCAGCAGCGAAGCCAAUGGGCGCGCGCUCGUGGCCGCGGGCGUGGAACACGUGGUCGCCGUGGCGCAGGACCAGAAUAAUGGCAAGAUUUCCGAUCACGCGGGCAUCGCGUUCUGCCAGGCGUUCUACCGAUCUUUGGCGAACAUGGAUUCGGUGCGCAAAGCUUUUGAUAUUGGCUGCGCCGCCGCGCGUAAGGAGAUGCGCGGGGAGGUGGGCUCCGACGGACAAUUCAUACUGCUCCCGGAGGAUAAACCACACGACGAGCCCAUCUUCUCCCCGAUCCCCGGGUCGUUCCGCGAGACGACGCGGCCGCCGCCGCCCUCGAACGCGCCGGCGCCGCCGACGUUUUACGUCGGCCGGGCGUCCGACCAGUGUGUGUGUGUCGAGUCCAUGCUGCGGCAUCGGCUCACGACGAUUGGUGGUGGAUACGGCUCGGGUAAGAGCGCUCUGGCGAUGGCAGCGGCGGACUAUGCGUCGCAGCACCGGCGCUUCGAUGCGGUGGUCUGGGUGAACGUCACGACCGCCGACCGCUUCUUCGACGACGUGGCCGAGGCGGCUAAGUACGUCAUCCAGAAGGCGGAGGACGACCACCUGAAUCCCAUGAACAAGAAAAUGAUGCAUAUUAAGAAGAGGAGUACUUCUAUUGACACGGCUGACACGUCCGCGCUCGACACCUCCAUCCUGGUGGACCUGGCGAGCGCCGGGAGGGUGCUCGUGGUCCUGAACGAUUUCGAAAAUUUGGUCCUGAACGGCUUUGGGGGCCAGGGUGUCGCCGCGGCCCAGAUAGCGGCGCGAGAACGCUGUCGACUGUUACUGCGGGGUUUACUGGAAAGCUGCUCGAACAUCAGCGUGCUGAUGACGUGCUCGUCGGGCUCGGGCAUCGGCCUCGUGCCGGGCGUAACGGAACAGGUCGUCGCGCUCGGACCGAUGACCCCUUCCGACACCGCGUACCUACUCCUGCAGCGGAACCCCGAGCUCAAGCGCCGCGCCACGGACCCCUUCAAGCGGCAAUCGCCCCGAAUUGCGCCUCCUAGCGUGGUCGUCGCGUACGCGGCGCAUCCGUUCGUGAAACGUCUCAAUGGGCUGCCGUUCGCGGUCUCGCUGGCGGUGCUUAUAAUCAACAAGCUGUUUGCGUCGGAAGAGGCGGCGAAGGCCGCAUGCGAGGCCGCGGGCGCGCACAAGACGCUGCCGCCGGCGUCGAAACUCGAACCGCUGGACCGCGCCUUGCGCGUGCUCGACGAACCGAAGUUGUUCGACCCGGACCUCCGGCGGCUCCGCGAGGAGCUCAACCAUGUGGUCCUGCACGGGCGGAGGUAUCGGCCCGACGGCGCGCCCGCGUCGCCCACGUCGCCCACGUCGACCGUGUCGCCCUGGGCUCCGCCCCCCGAGUUCCAGCUCGACGCGCCCAUGUCGCCCUCCACGGUCGCCUCGCCCUCCACGCCCGCGGUGCCCUCCGCGCCCGCGUCGCCCUGGGCCCUGGGGCCGAGCGUCGAGCCGCGCCAGCUCGCGAUAGCGCUCGCCGCGGUCUGGGGCGUGCGCCUGGCGGCCGACGCGGCCGAGCGCGGGGCGCUGGACGCCCUCGUACUGAACGUGCGCUUGGACGCGGUCGUCCACCUCGUCCUUGACGUCCUCGCGGUCGCGCUCUUAUACGAGGCGCGGCGGUGA